AUGGGCGCCGCGGGCCCCGCGUGCGCGGCGCGCGAGCCGCUGUCACGCGAGCCGGUGCUGCGCUCCGUGCUGCGGCACGUGCGGCUGGAGAACCUGGCGGCGGGAAUGAGCGGCGGCGUCCUGUCCACCCUGGCGCUGCACCCGCUGGACCUCGUCAAGAUCCGCUUCGCAGUAAGUGAUGGAUUGGAGCUGAGGCCAAAGUACAAUGGAAUUCUUCACUGUAUGAGCACAGUCUGGAAGCAUGAGGGGCUUCGAGGCUUGUACCAAGGGGUAACUCCAAACAUGGUGGGAGCAGGGGCCUCCUGGGGACUUUACUUCUUCUUUUACAAUGCCAUCAAAGCUUACAAGAAGGAAGGGAAGAUGGAAAGUCUCAGUGCGAGCGAACACCUAGUGUCGGCUGCAGAGGCUGGAGCCAUGACCCUGUGCAUUACAAACCCAAUAUGGGUAACCAAGACUCGACUUGUGCUGCAGUAUAAUGCUGGUGUGGAUCCAUCCAAGCGGCAGUACAGAGGAAUGUUUGAUGCUCUCAUAAAGAUAUACAAGACAGAAGGCAUCCGUGGCUUAUAUAAGGGAUUUGUGCCUGGUCUGUUCGGAACAUCACAUGGAGCACUUCAGUUCAUGGCCUACGAGGAUUUGAAAGAGAGAUACAACAAGUAUAGAAACAGAGUAUCAGAUACAAAACUGAACACUGUGGAAUACAUAAUGAUGGCAGCUGUAUCCAAAAUAUUUGCUGUGGUAGCAACAUAUCCCUAUCAAGUUGUGCGAGCUCGUCUUCAAGACCAGCAUAACACAUACUCUGGGGUGUUUGAUGUGAUCCGCAGGACCUGGAGGAAAGAAGGUGUUCAUGGAUUUUACAAAGGAAUUAUACCUAAUGUAAUCAGAGUGACUCCUGCCUGCUGUAUUACCUUUGUAGUUUAUGAAAAUGUGUCUGGCUUUUUACUUGGUUUUAGGAAAGAAAAUAAUUAAGGAAAGAAUGUAGAGACAAUAAACCCUGCCAACAUCUCUCCUGUUGAACGUUCCUGCAUUGCUGCCUUCCUCCCUGAAUCAGCUGUGUCUGCUUGAAGCAGAUGUCUGCAACCGUGAAAUAAGAGUGCUGUGACUGGGUGAAGGCAGCUGCACAGCAAUUCCAUUCAUCCUGGCCUGCCUGGAAUAACUCACUAAGCAGUUUCAGCAAGUCUCAAGAUAACAGUUGGUGCAAUUCUGCUCCUGCACAAGUGGAAAACUUCAUAUGAAAGCAACCCUGGGGGCUGUCAAAACUUUCUUGAAUAUCUGAGUCUCAUUAAAACAAGGAAUGUCAUCUGAAUCCACCUCUGUGUUAUUCAUCAGAUUUUAGGAUGUGGAAUGCUCCAGACUCCAUUGUUCAUCCAACACAAAAAUGUGUGUCUCAGUGGGGUGCAGUUUGGAAACAAAUUGUUUUUUUAAAACAGCUGUCCAUUCUUGGGUUUGAAUAAUUGCAAGUCUGAUGAAGCUCAGUUCUUGUCUCAUAGCAGGCCAGGUUUGCACUGUGGUUUUUGACUUGGUUUUAGCAGCAGACCAACAUGCUGAAAGUGCAUACGUUGCUGGCAGCUUAAUUCAUUUUCUCUCUUUCAUUCUCUCUCCAUCUCUCUCUGUGCCAGUCUGUCUCCAUUAAUGAUAGAGCUGACCACAUAUUACUAAGAAAUGCAUAUUUUAAAGUAGGCUUACAUUUUAAAGAUGAGGAUUUUUUUUCUAGUAAUCCCAUAGUGAUGCAGUGUUCAAGCCAGUGUAGCAAAAAAUAGGACCACACUUACUUUCAGUAAUAUUCUCUGGGAAAAAAAAAUGUUUCUAGUCUCAAAAAAUCCUGUGCACAGGACUUUAUUUAAAAAAACAGAACAAUAGGUUAAUGUCUUCUGAUUUGGUUUAAGGAAAAGAUUGUUGAUAUAUUGAUUGCUAAUUUACUGAUAAAUUAAAUUAUAGUACAUAUCAGUAAAUUUUUAUAAUAGUUACGGGUUUUUUUCCCACACCAAUAAUUGCCAUCAAGGAUAUGUACUGUUUAGAGUUCUGGGUUUGGUGGUUUUGGGUCUUAUUUAUUUAAUAAAGACAUUACUGACCCUAACAUCUGCCUCCUGCUGUUGGUAAGAAGAUAUUAAGUAUCUAGUAAGUAUCAUUUAACUAGGAAAUAAGUUAGCAAAGGCUAUCAACAGGGGAAAAUCAUCAGUUUCAUAGGGAGCAGAGUAAUCACUUAGAGAAGUUUCCUGUUUACCAGGCUAACCUAAAGCAGAAAGAACAAUUUUUAAUAAAAAUUUAACAGAUUAGGGACUUGGUUUAAAUUUUAAGUUAAAAGCUGGAAAGCUACAGAAACUACUCAGUAUUUUGAGUCUUCAUUUCAGUAAUCCACUCUCUUGUUUUUGUAGAUACUGUUGCCAAAUACCACAUUUUGUGUGUAACUAAACUUAUUCAUAAUUUACACUUUCUCUUCCACAAUCCCAUCCCCUCUACUGAUAGAGUUGAUAAUCUCAUUGGAAAGAAUAAUCUCAUCUGGGGCCAGCAUGGCUGGCUUUGGUUUUUAUUACGGAAGGUUCUGUGUGUAUUUAGCUGAAGAUAAAUUUACUGGAAGUUUUACUGGCAGAAGCUUCUGCCUUUGGAGGGUGCUUACUGGGGUUUGUGUGUUUUGUGGUACACAGAAUGAAUUUAAUGGAACACUGAGUUAACUCUACCACCCAGGAUCCAAAAUCUAUUAUGAAGACAUAUGAAAACAUGAUAAAAGAGGAAAAGCUGUGCAUGUACUAGCCUGGAUUAGUGUGCUCUGGGCCAGAACAGCUUACCCAUGCUUCAGGAUAAAUGCAGGGGCAGGCUGUGAGCAUGUGCACAAUCACUCACUGUGUGUUAGCUGACGUUCUCUAAGUUCACACCACAGCCCAGCUCAUAGUAACUUGUUUGUGUUCAGGUACCUUAAAACCAUCCUCCAAGCCAGUGAAAACAUUGCAGUUCUUCAGAGACAAAAUACCAGCUGUGUAACUUGCUGGCUUGCAGCAAAUCUCACUCACCAUCUUGCAGUUGGGCGAGCCCAAGUGCUCCCCUCACUGCAGGUGUCCUCCCCAGUAUCUGCAACAACAGCUACAGGCAAGGGCUGCCCAUCCUGGGGCAAAUCUUACAGCUUGUUCAUAAAAGAAAAUGAGAUUUAAUUCUAAAUAGCUGAAAUAAAUUCAUUAUCUCAGAUUUAAUGGGUUUUUUUCCUUUUAAUUUCUGGGAAGAGUGGAGAUUUUUGCAUGUUGUACAUGCUUUUCAUGAGUUUUUUUAUCUUGUUAAUGUAAAAUUGGUUUUGUAAUACAAAUAUGAUUGUUGUUUCUCUUUAGAAUAUGUAAAAAUUUAAAAAAUGUUUGAAUAUGCCACUUGCAGCAUUUGAAAGAAAAUACUUAAAACACUGAAGCUUAUGGUGUGUUGGCAUGAUCAGUGUUGUCACUUGUCAAACAGCUGUGACAUCAUUGUUUCACUUUACCAGUUCAGUUUUGGAAAGCCUAGGCAUUUCAACCUGUCUUAUGUCUGUAUCUUCUAAACAGUUUAAUACAUCUAGCUUUUAACUAACACCAAAGUGAUUCUGUAUAACUGAAAGGCUAAAUCCAGGAGAAUUAUUUUAUUGGAGCAAUGAAAUUAAGUGUUGUAGCUGUAAAUUUAUUUAGUGUCUGCAUCUUAGUAGUGGAGACAAAAUAGAUAUUACACUGAAAUCCAGUCUAUCAAGAAGCAAGAGAGGGAAGAAGAGCUUAGAUAGUCUGGUUUUGCUCAGUUAUUCAUAAUGAGGUAUUUAACACUUACCACAUUGUCUGGGUCACAGUUAAUUCACCAGGAGUUCAUUGAGACAAGACUGUAACAGCAGAGCAUCCUAUUCUGCAGUCAGGUUUACAGAAGUGCAUUUUAUGUAUGUUUUCUGAAGGCUAAAGCCAACACCUGGUUUUACUUUCUUUGAACUUUAUCUAUAAAGCCUUCUAAAGAAAUCGUGUAUCACAACACCAUGUAAAAUACCUUAAACAGAUUAAUGUUCAAUAAAAUAACCCGGAUUUCUUUUUUGUAAAA